CAGGCGCAGUGGCGCUGCCCGCGCCCGUGUGGAGCGGCGGUGGGGGUGUCGGUGCGUGGCCCGUCCGGGAGCGGCCGGAUCCGGGGCUCGCGCACGCGCGGGGACGGCAUAAGUAUAAACCGUCAAGUUUCAAGACGACCUGGGCGAUCAUGGCAGAAGGCGGCUUUGAUCCCUGUGAAUGCAUCUGUUCUCAUGAACAUGCAAUGAGAAGGCUUAUCAAUCUGUUGAGACAAUCCCAGUCGUACUGCACAGACACGGAGUGCCUUCAGGAAUUGCCGGGACCAAACUCAUCUGGAGAGAAUGGCAUCGGUCUUACCAUGAUCAUGAUGGCCUGGGUAGUUAUCGCGUUGAUCUUGUUCUUGCUGAGACCUACGAAUCUAAGAGGAUCCAGCACAGCCGGAAAACCAACUAGUCCACAUAAUGGACACGAACCCCCUGCUCCUCCCGUGGACUAGACUUUGCACAGUGGACAAUGAAGACCAGCCAACACCCGCACGACCAAACGGACAGAAGCGACCUGAGUACUCCAAGCCCCUCUAAGCGCCGUUUUCUUCUUGCAUUUGCAUUUACAUUUCAGGAUGGCAUUGUUUCACGAGCUCGUAGAAAUCUCACCUGUCAGCUUUUUCUGGGUUCCUGUGUGAGAUCGGAUCUGAGUAAAUGAUCUCACGAAAGCAGGGGGUCUUUGGGGUUUUCGGGGGCUAUUGUACCUUUAAACAUUCCUCUCUUCUUUUUGCUUCGGGUGGUUUGUAGCCUCAUUGAAGGGCAGUUGUGAUUUCUACGUUGUAUUUAAGAAUUGAUUUUGAGUCUCAGAUGGAUGCCUUCAUGUUUUGCACCGUUAGUAUUUUUAAGUUAUUUGGAUUCAGCUGGGAUUAUAUAGAGGAGAGCUAGCAUCAGAUUUUUACUGACACUGACCCCGUUGCUCAUAGAGGUAUCUCCCCCCCCCCCCCCCCCCCCGUUUGGACUCGUGUUAAGGUGUUGAUCUUCUCGGGGAAGUUGGUAAAAGCCUGCGUCAGUUCUCAGAACUGUCCUGGUGACGUAGACGAGAGAGAAGGAUGGCAUGGCUGUAACAAAGAUAAAACCACCCAAAAGACAUUGUUUCCCAUCUGGGAGACGGUUGUUCCGUGACCCAGACAAUCACCAGUGAGGUGUUUGUUGGAGACAGCACACUAUAGAAAACAAUUAUCAAAUAUGAGCCGCUCAAUACUAACCAUACGAAACUCACAAUCUGUGUGGAAAACAAAAAAUCUAGACAAUUUCCUGGCAGUAGAGGCCAUAAGCUAUAAAAUGAUCAUUUAGACUACAAGUCAAUAAACAAGAACACUGUUACUCAGGAAGCCUGACUUCUCUCCUAAAACUUUCCUACCAAAAGUUUCAGACUAUUUUGACCUCUUAGUAAUAACGUUUUUAGAAUUCAAACUUGCUUUACCAUUUUUCCUUCCAUGAGCAUAAAUCUUUAAGCUUUGCAAGGGGCCCCGUUGGGUCACCGAUCCCUAAAUAUCUUAUUCCUUACGUCCCGGGAUGACUCUCUCCAUUUGAAAAUCAUGGUCCCACCAGCCUCCGUGGCCCAGCUUCAACACCGAGUUACAUGGUCUGCUCCAGGAAAGUAGCCAAGGGGAGGCCCACUAGGCAUGCCAUUCUCCCUUCUUGAAGCAGAUCCAGUUUUAACUAACAGGAGGGAUGUUUGUGAACGUAGCAUUUUUGAGAUGAACAGAACAGUAAGAUCAUAUGUUUUUUUGCGGUCAGUUUGAAACCUGAGAAGAAGAGGAAUGUAAUAACUUGGAUGGGAUCCAGUGGCUAAGGGGCUCCUUUCCUAGCACAUGGUUUUGCGGAGACAAGUGCCAGCCAUCUAGACUCUUGGCGAUCUGCUGGAGGGAAGCGUUUUCUCAGAGAAAAUGGAAGGGUCAGACUAGCCUCUUCAAAUGAACAGACCCGAGACGACAUUUAUGUCAGUGUAAUACAUCUCUCAGUAUCUUCGCUACUGUGCAACACGGUCUCUGAUGUAACGCUCUAAAUUCAAGGAAGUCUUCUCUUUUAAAAUGGAUAUAAUUGCCACCAACACUGUGAAAGCAUAGUAUUUAAAGACCCAGUCAGAUUUCUCACUCAUGUUCUCCCGUGAGCAGGUUGGCUUUUCCAGCUUCUGGAUGGAAUGCAGCCAGCUCGCAGAUAUCUGUGCCAACAGGAAGCCGUGGGAGUUGGGGGGUGGGAAAAGACGGGGAGAGAACAGAAAAGCUGCCACAAGCCGGGGGGGCACCCUUCUCUGGGGCCAGAAAGAUGCCAGGAUACUGACUUGAUAGUAAAAUCAGAGGAGGUGGGGGGCCACAGCAUCACAGAGGAUGGGGAGACCCUUGCCAGAAAUGUCCUCUGUUCCUUCCCUGGCCCUAGGGAAAGCCUCUCCGUUGGAAGGGAUAAUCUGUCCACGGAUCGUUCCACACCAAAAUAGUGGAAAGCCACCCGGGAUCUGACCCAAAUAGGUAACGUGACCCCAGAGUGGUGCCGGGUUGGCUCGAGACCUGGAAUUCAGACUCUUGGACUUCGCUGGUACGGCCUUGACACCCGAUCCCAGGCAAGUUCCCUGUCCUCCCCUACCAUCCGAUUACUACGUUCCGGGGAAUUGGGAACCGUAAUUCGUAUUGAAAAGGAGUAGCGUGAGACUCGUUUGGCUGCUUGUAAAACCGCUUCAGCAUUCCCGUGAACCCAUACAGAGUGUUAUUACCACAACCAAUUAUUUACAGGGGACAGGCCGAUGUCUAAAGCUGCUGCUCUUUCAUUGGACACACUAAUGACUUAGCACUUCUGCCUUGGAAGCUUUUCCCUGAGAUUUUUGAAUUUUCUGGGUUGAAUAAAAGAUUGACGACCCCCUCCCCACCCCAUAUUUUAAUCACCAAUGGCUCUUAAACGUUUUUGGUUUUUUUUUUUGUUUUAUACACAUUUAACGUGCUUUUAGGUAAAAUAACAUAUUGAUUUUUCCAUAUGGGAAAAGUUAACAUUGAAAAUGUUUUUAUAGUAAAAUGUCUUACAGUGUAACAGAUCUCAAUUCCACUGUUAUUCUGUCUCUCUUUAAGCUUACAGAGAUACUUUGAAGGAACUUCAGGCCCAACCAUUAGACAGUUACUUUUAGUGACAUCAUUGUGAUUUCUGUUGAAAACCAUCCCAUUCCUGUUUAUGAAAUCACAUGUUGGAACGAUUCUCGAAAGAGAUUAAGAACCAGAAGUUUUAUCUCAUGCUAUUUGGAAAUUCGCUAAAACUUGAACGGCUGAAUUUAAAGGCACCCAGUGGAGCAACCCGAGGGAAUCAGUUACUGCAAUAGUCGGUUUCAUUUCUUAGCAUUCUAUUCCAUUUUAUGAAGAAUCACGCCCAGACCGUGUUGAAAGAGCACUUUGUUAAAGGGCAAAGUGGUCGCGUGUCGUUCUCAAUGUUAAUUGCUGAUUUUAAAUGGUUAAAUCAUGCCAAAUUAUGUUUGUGCCAUUUGGCAUUCCUGUUAAUCUUUUAUUGAGUACUUGGAUUGGGAUAAAGGGCUUGUACUAUGCACUUUUUAUUAAUGAAUAAAUAGAAUACGUUAGUAACA